GGAGAGCAAGCGCCUCGCUCCAUCCGUUGUUGCUGCUGUUGCUGCUGUUGCUGCUGUUGCUGCAGAGGGAGACUCAGGCCCCGGCAAGAGAGCCAAAAUGCCACAAACAAGAAUGCGCAUGAGGCCUUGGCUGGAGAAACAAAUCAAUUCAAACAAAAUUCCUGGACUUUCAUGGAUCAAUAAGGAGGAGAAGUUGUUCCAGAUCCCAUGGAAACACGCAGCUAAGCAUGGCUGGGACCUAGAGAAAGAUGCUUGCCUUUUCAAAAAUUGGGCAAUUCAUACUGGGAGAUACAAAGAAGGUGAUGUUCAGCCUGAUCCUAAAACAUGGAAAGCAAAUUUCCGCUGUGCCAUGAAUUCAUUGCCUGAUAUUGAAGAGGUGAAAGACAAAAGCAUUAGUAAAGGUUCCAGUGCUGUCCGUGUUUACAGGAUGCUGGAACCCUCAGCUAAAAUACAGAAAAAAGAAAAGAAGUCAAAGUCUCUAAAAGCCAGGAGUUUGAGGAGGCCAGUGGAAGAUAUCAAGGAAGAGACUGUAGAAGCAACAAACAGUAUCCAGCUACCAGAUGACCACAGUGGCUAUGUGCUACCCAACUACUCCUCACCAGAAAUGGAGGUGGGGAGUACAUUAGAUCUCUCCACAUGUGAUUUAAGCAGUACUGACUGGAGGCAUCACUCAAUGGAUAUUCAGUUGCCUGAUAGUACAAAUGACAUGUACCAACUUCAGGUGUCACCUGUCGCAUCCUCUUCUGAAGCUACUGAUGAUGAGGAUAACAUUACUCAACACAUUUACCCACAAUUAUUUAAUAACUCCACUUGGCAGCAGACUUGUGUUGGAGAGAAAGGAUUCCUAAUUAAUGAACCUGGAAUGCAAAGUAUAUACGUGGACCUUACUUUACAAGACCAAGAUGUUUCCUUUGACGCCACAGAUUUACUUCAACUCGAUACAAAAAACAGUGUGGAGUUUUCCUUCUUGGAUUCACUACGAAUUGCCCCCAUACCUUGUGGCAUGUAAACCUGAUUUCCCAUUCACUGCAUUAUUUCCAAUACCAUAUGUCAAAUUGGCAUGUUUAUGGAUUGCUGGCACUUUCCCUGAUGUUUAUACCUAAAAUACCAACAUGAAGGGUGGUUGUGGGGAGAAAGAUAUCUUUGUGGUAACACUGUGUGCACCUCAGGCACUUGAAAUUGACAUCAUGAGCCAAUAACACAUUGCUGCUUUCCCCAAUAACUUGUUCAUAUAUGAAAACAGUCAAAGUACAUGAAAAGGUGCUUCGUACCUGUAACAAGUCGGCACAUAUUUUAGUCACAUACAUGGCUUAUACUUGUCAUUACUGCAUACAAGCAGAGGACAGAGGAAAGUGCUGUUUAAGUUUAACACAUUUAGCAUCAUUGUGUGAUUUUGUAUUCAACCAAAAAGUUUAACUGGGAACUUCUCUUUUCCAAUGUGAAGCCAGCUGCACCACAGCUUUGUAAAUAUGUUUAGUUUUGUACAAUGUGAAAAAUUAGAUAUAGUUUGUUCCACAUAUUAACUAUUCAGUUAUUCAGGAAUUUUACUCUACUGGCUUCUUUCUGACAUGUUUCAGAUUACUGUCAUGUUAGUCCUUUCAAGUGGACAAUACAUUUGACCUUCUUUCAGUGCUAAAUGGUAAAAUCUGUGUUUUAUUUACAUUGUGCCAUUACCAAGAAACAUCUGAGUGGAUUUUCUUGAGAGUUGUUAGAAUUUGUACUGAAGUGCACUUAGCUGCAAGAUAAAGGAAAGUAUUUUGGCAAACCAUCAGAGCUAUAGGCUGAACCCCUUGUACAUAUGUUAGUGUAUAUAAAAGUUGAUAGUUAUUUUAAUAAAAAAAUUAUAUGUUA